UUUACGGUCAAAAAAUUUUUCCCGUACGAACCAAAUAUUUCAUUCUACAUUGCUGGUCAACCUGAUAAAAGAUGUCAGCUACUCACUUCUGUUGACAAAUCAUACGAUAUUUAUCAAAAUAGGUUAACAGGUUAUGUCUCGAACUUGUUGGCUUCAACUUUCGGGCUUAGGUCCGUGCUACAGCUCUACUUGAUUACGAGAAAACUCCCAAAUUAACGAGUGUUGGCCAUCGUAUAAUCGCUCCGAUGCCUAGUCUAAAGGACGAGUCUGACGGGGAUGGGGAGGAAAUGUCUCAUGACAGUAAUGAUAGUAACCAAAGUUCAGCGUCUUGCGACAGCAGUGUCGAACACACCGAUAGCGAUGAUUCCUCAGAGAUGGAUGAAGAUGAAUGCGAGAGGCGCAGAACAGAAUGCAUGGAAAAUCUGGUCGAUCUUGAAAGGCAGUUCACUCUGCUCAAAGAGCAAUUAUACAGGGAGCGAAUAACUCAGGUGGACACUAAGCUUGGCGAGGUAAAAAUCGGAAAAUCUGAAGAAUAUUUAGUACCCCUAGAACGGCUGAAAGAAAACAUGAAAACUAAAACCGAAGUGGCUGGCAUUUUGAAACAAUAUCGGUUGCAAAAUAUUCAAAAUAAAUAUCUAGCCGAAGAACAAGCAGCAUUGCAAAAUUUCCAAAGCGAGAAAGAACUAAUUUGGGAUUACUUUCACAAUGAACUUCAAGAAAAAAUACGAAGGCUCGAAGAGGAUAGAAACAACGUCGACAUCCACGCAGAUUUGUGGCUUAACUCUAGCGGCAGAAGACGCAGGGGUCACACUGAGCGCAGACGUGCUGUAUCCGUCGCUGGACCCUACAUAGUUUAUAUGCUUAACGAUGCAGACAUUUUAGAGGACUGGGCUGUAAUUAAAAAAAGUUUAGGCAGUCGUAAGGCAGAAAUAUUGUAAUAUUGUCGGUAAGGUUGCUCAAAAAUCCCAAGUACGAUAACAGUAAAUAAAGUUAUUUGCCUUAUACUGUCAAAUCUACAGAUUUGGAGUACUGAAUACUGCAUGAGAAAUCUUCUCUUACAAGUACGCGUGUGAGUGAAUUAGCAAUACGUGCUUCAGAGGUUACAACGUUAUGAAUAAAUUUACAAAAUGUUGCUUUUAAAUGAUUUGUGAAACACACACAGCAGUGUCCUUUGAAAAAACAUUUUUCAUUGAUUUUGAUACCAAUUGAAAAUGUAAUGCAACCAUGAAACAAAUUGGUAUUCAAUCAACCGUUCAUCACCGACAGGUUUUACGAUCAACCCAUAAUGCAAUGAAAUAAUAGCUGACCGCGGUGAGAAAUCAGUUACAGAUAUUUCAAAUAUUUUAAAUCUAAUGUUGAAAAUGAAUCUGUAUGGCUCAAUUUGUUCUCAAGUCGAAAUUAGUUAUAGAUUAAAAUAGUGGACAUCUUAAGACUCGUAGUAUAAAUAUUUUGUAAUAAAAAAAAAUAGAGAGAUGUUUACC